CACCUGCUUGUUCGAAAAGUGGGAACCAUGGGAGAAGGGUAUAAAAUCUCCUCCAGGACCAGCGAUUCUUCUUCCUUUUCUACUGCUUCAACACCACAAACUUUGGGACAUCAAGUUGCCUGCGAGCUGACAACUUGAUUCUCAACGAGCUGUCUUGCAACUAUCUACAAAGUGGUGACAGACAGAUCAACCAUAUCUAUCUUCACCUUCUCGAUUCACUUCGUCGAUCAACGAUCAUCAAUUAUCACUCGUACAACUACCUCGAGGAUCAAGUUACGGAACAGAUCAAGUUUUCCUUUGCCUGAGAUCCUUUGAAAUAAGGUCUCAAGCUUCACCAGCAGACAUACUUCACACACAGUCAACCCCACUAUAUACUUGUUUUUCGCCAUGGGUUCCCAGAACGGCUCCUCCCAGGCUGGCGGUUCCCAAGCCGGCGGUUCUCAGGCUGGCGGUUCUCAGUUUGUGGAUUCUCAGGCUGGCGGCUCUCAAGCUGGCUCCUCCUCCGGCGCGGGCGCACCAGCCCGCAGGCAGUUCCGUCCUAUGGACGCCAUCGUCGUCAACCGGGCGGCUCUGACAGAGGAGGAGAAGGAGGCUCGGAAAGCCCGCGGCUUUUCGGAAAACUAUAUGGGUGACUACAACAACGAGAACAACAAGUCGGCAGACAUCCCCGACGACCAAAAUUGCUCGCUGUACAUAACCGGGCUUCCCUUGGACAUCACCGUCCGGGAUAUCUUUGACGAUAUCCGCAAUAUCGGCAAAGUUUAUUCGCUGCAUAUCUCUCCCAGUAGGGACAGCCAUUCCAGGCGUGCGGCAGCAAUCGUGUUCUUCACCAGAGCAGCGGCAGAGCGGUUCUUCAACCGGUUUGCCACCAGAGACAACCCGGCCGUCCGCUGGGGCGGUGCCGUCCCCAACCCGGGUCAGAUCCUCGGUCGUCUUCCAGUCAACGUCGUCUGGAACCAAGUUAAAGUGGCUCCCUUUAGCGACAGGGACCACGUCACUAGGGUCAUCCAAGUCGAGGGACCCUCGGACAUCGUCAACGAGGAGUUCCUCCUCGCAUACUUCCGAACCAAAUGCAGGUUCGACAUGGAGAGGGUCUCCGUCCUUUGGGAAGGUUUCUCAGACGUACCUGUGAACGGGGGACAACCUCCCGCUGCUCCCGCUGCUCCCGUUCCCGCCGCGGCGCCCGCUCCUGCCCCGGCGAGGCGCCAGGGUCGAGCCCUGGCAUCGAUGAACUGGCGAGAGAGGUCGAAGCCAGUCACUGCUGAACCUGAGCCAGAGGCCCAGGGAAGUGCCGCUGUUCCCACCACUCGUCGGCACAUCAGAAUCAUGGAGUUCCGGUUCGGAACGGUGAAGGGCCAGGCCCUGGCUUGCAGGAUGGCCUUGGACUGGGAGUUCAAGGAGAGGGGUGUUCUUUGCCGCUAUGGCAGUGACCCUUGCGGUCCUUGAAGCAUGGUCGGUGGAGAGAAGGACUCAUUGGUUUCAACAUAAUGAUAAUCAUAAUGCUGGGUGCUCGAGGUUUUAAAGAAUCGGAGUUCAUGGGUCCAUGAAGGGGAGAGACUUUGCACGGGGAGAUUCAUGGCGCAAUGGAAAUUGAAAAUGGAGUUAUGGCGUCGAG